AUGAAGUUCUCAGUCCUUGCAAUUGGAGGCGCUAUUGCUACCGCGAAGGCUGUUGUCCUUGGCGACCGUUCGCAGUUCGAAGAGCGCGCCACCUAUGCUGUCAUAGGCAAGCCAGAGGGCUUCGCGUCAGGAACCACUGGAGGUGGAAGCGCUACCUGCGCGAUUCCAUCCAGCGUUGCGGAGUUGAAGACUUGGCUCACCGACAGCACUGCUCGUUGCAUUGUGCUCGACAAGGAAUACAACUUCAAAGGCACCGAAGGCACCACCACCGAGACUGGCUGUCGACCAGCGUCCAAUACAUGCCCCGGUAAUGGUGGUCAAGAUGCCAUCAACAAGGCCUCAUGGUGCACAAACGGUAACGCAGGUGCUGGCGCAACGUCUAUCAGCGUCACCUACGACACCGCUGGUGUUUCUGGAAUCAAUGUUGGCUCUAACAAGAGUAUCAUUGGUGUUGGGUCUAAGGGCGUUAUCCGCGGAAAGGGCCUACGUUUUGCGAAUGGCGUCAAAAAUAUCAUAGUUCAGAACAUUCAUCUCACAGAGCUAAACCCUCAGUACAUCUGGGGUGGAGACGCCAUCACUGUGGACGGCGCUGAUCUCAUCUGGGUUGAAGAUCACGUCAAGGUCUCCCUCAUCGGCCGCCAGAUGUUUGUCGCCGGUACUGGAGCCUCCAACCGUGUGACUCUCUCCAACAGCGAGUUCGACGGCUCCACCAGCUGGUCUGCCACCUGUGAUGGCCACCAUUACUGGGCCAUCUACCUGACUGGCUCCCAAGACCUCAUUACCAUGAAAGGCAACUACAUCCACCACACCUCUGGCCGCAGCCCCAAGGUUGGUGGAAACACGCUUCUUCAUGCAGUCAACAACUACUGGUAUGCCAACUCUGGCCACGCUUUUGACAUUGCUGCUGGUGGCCAGGUCGUUGUCGAGGGCUCAGUAUUCCAGAAUGUGGUAUCUCCACUUCUCAGCAACUCUGGCAAGCUCUUUGGUUCUCCGUCGACUACUGCUAAUACGGCUUGCACCAAUUAUCUUGGCCAUGCGUGCCAACUUAAUGCUUUUGGUAGCUCUGGAACCCUUGGAGGAACUGAUACCUCCUUCUUCAGCAACUUUAAUGGCAAGUCGAUUGCGUCUGCUGCAACGGCAAGCGCAUCCAUUGCAGACACUGCUGGAGUUGGUAAGAUCUAA